CGUCGGAUUCGGCUCUACCCGGCGAUAAGAGCGCUCUCGUUUCACACAUCACAGUCUUUUCCUUCCAAAAUCAUUAAAAAAUGCUAAUAAUAAUAAUAAUAAUAAUUCCACAUAAAAUUCCGCUAAGAGAAAAAAAAAUGAAAGACUAAAAUCUCACUUUCCAUUGCUUAUUUUCAAUAUUUUCAUUCAUUUGGCUUCUUCUCCCAAUCACAGUGCGCCCACCAACCCCACCCCCUUUCUCAAUUUUCACUCUCUGUUUCGAUAGCGAUGCGAACUUGAGUUACCCCCAUCUCUUUCAAAUGUGAUUCCAACUUCUUCUUCUUCAUCUUCCUUUUGUUCCCCUUUUUCCCUUCUGUUUUUCGUUUUCAGAUCGUUUAUUGCUCGAUCCUUUGCUGGGGAUUCAAACCCACUGUUCUUGAGGUUUUUCCAUUGCAUUCUUUCCUUUUUCCUGCUCUGUUAUUGCGCUCUUUUAUGCCCAUUUGAGAAGAUCACGUUCUGAUGUUUGUUGUUUUCGUGGGCAUUGGCAAAAUCGUCUUCUAGUUCUUGCUUGAUCAUACAUUACGAUUCUUCCAUUGUUUUCUCAACUUGGGUUUCCCUUGAAUGUCUGAACUCUGGUAGAUUUCACACAGUUCAUCAAUCUUCCUGUGAUCAAUCUAGGAAACUGGGUAUUGGGCGGUGGGUUUAUGGGUAUUUAACUUAUGCCCUUUAUGUGUUUGUUGUGUAGUUGAAUAGGAUUUGGGAGGAUCAAAACUGGGAAACUGAAGAUUCUGUUUGUGCUUUCUGUUUUUUUCUUGUUUUGGGAGCCUCAAUAGCAAUGCCUCGGUGUAGGAUGGACAAGGAUGAAGGAGAGAAGCACCUUGGUUUGCUCAAACUGAUGCAGAUUCUUUCAUUUUUGGUUGUCUUUGUGGCUGGAGUUGUUAUUGGAUUAGCGACAACUUCUCACAUUAGCAGGUAUUUCACCUCACAGACUGAGCUUUACUCUCUUAUCAAUCACUUUUCGGUUCCCACUACUCGGGUGGAGGAGAACUGUAGUGGUUCAGACAUAUGUGAGAGAAGGGAUUGUUCUAGCUUCCAUAUGUUUAUCCAUCCACGCAAUCUGACUCAUGCUAUGUCUGAUGAUGAGCUUUUUUGGAGAGCUUCAAUGGUGUCAAAGAAAGAGAAUUAUUAUCCCUUCAAAAGGGUGCCAAAAGUGGCCUUCAUGUUCUUGACUAGAGGCCCUCUGCCCAUGCUACCAUUAUGGGAGAGGUUCUUUUCUGUCCAUGACAAGCUGUUUUCUAUUUAUGUGCAUGCUCUUCCAGGCUAUGAGCUAAAUGUGUCCAGUAGCUCUGUUUUCUACAGACGGCAAAUCCCCAGCCAGCAUGUUUCUUGGGGUUCGGUAUCGCUUGCUGAUGCCGAGAGGCGGCUUCUAGCAAAUGCCCUACUCGACUUCUCAAAUGAGCGUUUUGUCCUGCUUUCUGAGAGUUGUAUCCCAGUGUACAACUUUCAAACUGUCUACAAAUAUCUGAUAAACUCUGACCACAGUUUUGUAGAAUCAUAUGAUGAACCAACCCGAUACGGACGUGGUCGCUACAGUCGCAACAUGCUUCCAGAUAUCAAGCUCCAGCAUUGGCGGAAAGGCUCCCAGUGGUUUGAACUCAGCCGUGCUCUAGCUGUUUAUAUUGUUGCAGACACCAAAUACUACACUUUGUUUAAGAAGUUCUGUAAGCCUGCUUGCUACCCAGAUGAACACUAUAUCCCAACAUACUUGAAUAUGUUUCACGGUUCUCUGAAUUCAAAUCGCACGGUAACUUGGGUUGAUUGGUCGAUGGGAGGUCCCCAUCCUGCAAUGUAUGGACCAGCUAACAUUACUGAGAGUCUUAUGGAGUCUAUAAGAAAUAAUGGUACACAGUGCCUAUAUAAUUCAGAGAUCACUUCUGUUUGUUACCUCUUUGCUCGGAAGUUUGCUCCAUCUACCCUGGAGUCCUUGCUUAACCUCACUUCAUCAGUAUUGAAAUUUUAAACAUUCUAGUCAAAAUCUGACACCUGUUGUUCUUUUCUUCUCUUCUCUUUUAUUAGGGUGGGGGGUUGGAUUAACCAAGUUCCUAAGCUUUGGUGGCACGUUUUGUUAUAGUUGCCCAACUACAUGGACGGAGGAAUGAUUCAGUUUUGGUUCAAUUGUAUAGCUUUUUGUUCACAGAUUUGAGUUCCCCUUUUGCGAGGAACACUCGACAACAGUUGAAUCCUUCAAAGAAGGAAAGAAUCAAGUGUAGCAAUAUUAUUCUAUUCAUUGACCAUUUUGCUCUAUUUAAAUUUCUCAUCUAUUGUUUAAGAUUUGUAUUGAUAGGAGAGUUGCAAUGAAGGCCUUGA